UUUUGGGAAGUCCGUACUCUAGCACGUUUCGUAGGCCAGUGAUUCACAAGCGUUUUCGCGCUACCUGUUAUGAAAUCUUCGACGGAUGAUACAAAAACACGUGUUCUUUGCAAUUUAGCCGAUAAAGUUUCGCGAGAUUCUGGUCGAUUCGAAGAGUGUUAGCCGGGUAGGUAAAAGUGGUCGAACAGCAGCGUGAGAAGAAGAGAUUUUGAGUAAGUUAAUCGUUCGAAACGGUGAGUUUACGCGGAUGAUCGAAGGGAAAGUAGUGAAGCAGGAGAGCGGCCAUUUUAUGUUAGUAUGACGUAGAGGCUGGGUGUAGCUUCGCGUUCAACCGUCCGUGUUCUUUGGAAGAGGCGAGAAAAUCUGAAUUCUGAUGCUGUGGUCGAGGUAAAUGCACGUACCACGCGCCGAACGUGUGAAACGUAAAUUAAGCCCGCAGAACGUAAGGAAAUUAGUUGAAUAAGGAAGGAAAGGGGCCCGCGAAAGAACGAGCAUGAGCGAGGAAAGCAAUCCACGAACGCUUUAUGUGGGAAAUCUAGACGCUUCGGUGUCGGAGGAACUAUUGUGCGCACUUUUCUCGCAGAUAGGUUCCGUGAAGGGAUGUAAGAUAAUAAGGGAACCGGGGAACGAUCCAUAUGCGUUUGUCGAAUUUACAAAUCAUCAAUGCGCGGCUACAGCGCUGGCCGCCAUGAACAAGAGAUCCUUCCUGAAUAAGGAAAUGAAGGUUAACUGGGCAACGAGCCCUGGAAAUCAGCCGAAGUUGGACACGAGUAAUCAUCAUCACAUAUUUGUCGGCGAUCUCUCGCCAGAAAUUGAAACGCAAACUUUAAAGGAAGCGUUUGCGCCUUUCGGCGAGAUUAGCAAUUGUAGAAUCGUACGCGAUCCACAAACCAUGAAAAGUAAAGGGUACGCGUUCGUAUCGUUCGUCAAAAAGUCUGAGGCCGAAGCAGCGAUAGCGGCUAUGAACGGGCAGUGGCUCGGAUCAAGAAGCAUCAGGACAAAUUGGUCGACCAGGAAACCACCGCCACCGAGAUCCGAAAGGCCGAGACAUUCGAAUAAUACGAAACCUAAUUAUGAAGAGGUGUAUAACCAAAGUAGUCCGACUAAUUGCACGGUAUACUGUGGAGGUUUUACAAAUGGAAUUACGGACGAACUGAUAACCAAAACAUUUUCCCCUUUUGGUACCAUACAAGAUAUAAGAGUAUUUAAGGACAAAGGAUAUGCUUUCAUAAAGUUUACUACUAAAGAAGCAGCGACGCAUGCCAUAGAGUCGACACAUAAUACAGAAAUUAAUGGUAGCAUUGUCAAAUGCUUCUGGGGAAAGGAGAACGGAGACCCGAACAGUGUGGGCCCUAACGCGAAUCACCAAGCUCAACAGGUCACGACGGGAGCUGGUCAGUACGCGUACGGAUACGGGCAACAAAUGAGCUACUGGUACCCACAGGGAUAUCCACAAAUGCAGGGACAGUUUUUACAGCCUGCUCAGUACUACGGCCAAUAUUAUGGACAACAGGCUCAAUAUAUGAAUAGUAUGCGAAUGCCUGCUCCUGGCACAGGCACAUGGCAACCUGCACAAGCGACCGCCGCACCACCGACUGCAACUGCACCGUUGCCACCAGGUCAGCAACCAGCUAUGGUAGCAUACACCAUGCCGCAGUACCCCACGCAAUGAAAUUGAUUAACGAUCAGCAUCGACUAACUCGUUACACAUGAUACAGUCGGGGCGUUUGCAAAAGCAAAAAAAAAAGGAAAAAACUGUUCCGUCAUAUACCUACUCCGCGACAGGUUUAUCGGUAUUUUGACUGCAACGUCAUAUGUACAAAUUUCUGUUCUACUUCGUUCGAAGUACUAAACGUAUACAUAUAUAUGAAAAAGAAAAUAAGCUCCUAAAUUUGGUUGUACCAAUAUCGACUGAUAUCAAGUAUCUCGGGAGACUACAUUGUCAAAAGUUCAAAGUGAUAUAUAUAUACAUAUAUAUAUAUAUAUAUAUACACAUACGUGUGUACACUACCAACGUUUAAAUAUACACACACAGAUACAGAAACAUUUCCUUUAUUUAUACGUUUCCCUUGCCAAAACAAUAGGAACGUAUACAUUUGGUAACGAACGCAAGCGCAUCUUGCAAAUGCUCAUUGAAGAAACUGUUAAUAUCGUAGCAGUCAAUCCAUCAGUGUAACAUAAUGACCCUCCUCGAGUACGAUUUGUAUUUCCGCGGCGUUGAACGAGGUAUAAUUCUGAACUUAAGACGAAAGGACGAAGAGGAGAAAAAAAAACGAAAAGAAAUUGCAGCCCCUCGACGAGCCCUGCAUUCGUUGUGCUGCGUAAGGUGUACGUAUGUAUGCGACCAUUGCGUUGUUAUAUUUUUAAUAUUUUUGCCACAAUUUACCAAUCUUUAGUUUACGUCGGAUCGUCAAUGAACAGAGAUAAGGAUGUUCAUUUAUGGUAAAACACAGAGUAUGACAUUGAACAUAGUAAUAAGAUAGAAAGUAUAGGUAGACAUGGCGCCUGUGAUGUAGCUAGAUUUGGAUGCAUGCUUUAACGUAUGCAGGGCCCUUUAUUAAAGUAAACUACUAUGCGAGUCGAUAAACGAGUUGUAAACUUUCCUCGUUUUGUGAUAUUUAUCGUCGGUGGUAAAUGUACAAAACAUUCAUGUAAGGAUUUUAAAGAAGAUACGCACGGAAGUGUGAAGAGAGAGAACGUGAGAGAGAGAGAGAGAGAGAGAGAGAAAGAGAAAGAGAGAAAGAAGAAGAUAUGAUAUUUUAUGAUGAAUUUGACUCCGAUCGAAUGAUACUUUGUUGUAACUCAUCUUGCUUGCAGGUGACUCCGCUCCGUCUGUACAAAGAAAUAGCGAAUCCUGGGUGUAAUUAUUACGAUGUAAUUUAAGUAUGUAACGAUAACGAUGAACACUUCCACUACGAGCCGGAGUCACCGACGUUCUAUCUUCGUUAACAUUGGAUUCGUACGAAAGUUGAAGAAGAAAACGUGAAAUUCCUUUCUCUUCGAUAUACUGUAGGCAUAUUCCAUUAUUCUAUUCUAACGAUCAGUGUAUCAAUUGACAAUCAUAUCUGAUAUUUUAACGUUAUUCCGGUUGUCGCACGGCACGAUACUUAUACUUUCGUGUCUUCCGAUUAUAAAAUGCAGCUGUGAAAUUUGUUGCACGAUUUUGACAGAAUCUUAUUCUUUGAUUUCCGAUUGAGUUAGCCUUAUCGUUCGUUUUUUCCUUUUUUCCCCCAUCAGACAGUUGCCGCUUUUGUUCUACUUAUUUCUGAUUGAAAGUAGUGUUUUUCUUUUUAAUGGUACGUCUUAAUAAGUCAACGAAUCGACGAUUUGACAAAAACAAAACAAAAAAAAUGAAAAAAAUUAGGACGAGUUAGAGUAACUUGAGAACUUAUCUAUACUUCGCUUCACCACCGACGAUAAAAAGCCAUAAAGCUUUCGAAACCAAUUUGUAUAAAGUCAGUACUGAAUGUAAUAACAGGAGAAUCAUAAGAGUCGAAUAUACUUAGCAAUGAUUAAUUGACUGCGACAAGUGAUACUGAACUAUGGAGAGCCAAUUUAAGUGGAAAAAAAAAUGAAAACAUAAAAGAAACAAGACUCGUCUAUGGGUUAAUAAUAAUCGGUGAAUCGACGCAAGACGUAAGAAGAAAAAAAGAAGUUACAUAAAGAGUAAUUUAGGUACAGCGGGGUGGCAGAACCCUCGAAAAUGCUUAGGAUAAUGUUAUCUUAUAAUAAAAACAAAUUGUCCUUUGAAUGAAAAAGAAGGAAUAAAUAUUUAAAAUACA